GCCAUGGGGCGGGAGCCCCAGUCCGAGUGGGCCGCGCUGCUGGGCCGGGAGCGGCAGGCGCGCGAGUUCUGCCCCGGCGUCAACCGGCAGCCCUACGUGUGCGAGACGGGCCACUGCUGCGGCGAGAAGGGCUGCUGCAUCUACUACUACGAGCUCUGGUGGUUCUGGCUCCUGUGGACGGUCCUGAUCCUGUUCAGCUGCUGCUGCGCCUACCGGCACCGCCGCGCCAAGCUGCGCCUGCAGCAGCAGCAGCGCCAGCGGGAGAUCAACCUCAUUGCCUACCACGGUGCCUGCCACUGCCCGCCCUCCAUGGGGGACCUGAGGAUGCUGGCUUCCUUCAAGCUGCCUGCCUACGAGGAGGUGGCAAACCGCCCAACCACCCCACCACCCCCGUACAGUGCCACCCUGGGGGGUUCCGCCGCCAGCCGCCUGGGCUCCAGCACGCUCACCCUGACAGGCAGCUCGGAGAACUACACCAGCUGCUCCUGCGAGUCCAGCUGCCUGACGUCCCCCAGCAGCACCUCCCUGUCGGCCACCGAGGCCAGCACACCCAGCGAGGCAGAGGGCGAGGGGGCAGGGGCCUGCAGCAGCCGCACAGGAGACAGCUGGGAGUCGGCCAGCCCCUCACUGCCGAGUCAGGCCCUGCCCCCUAAGCACACGCUCUUCUCCUCCAACGUGGAGCUCUACGAAGGUGAUUCGCGGCGGGUCUCCGACAGCGACGACACCCAGGAUGAGGCCGAGCACUUCCGGCACCGCCGCCUCACGGGGGACUCCGGCAUCGAGGUGGGGCGGGGCCAGGAUGAAGAGGCGGCCGAGGACAGUGAGGAGGAAGCGGCACACCUGCUUGGCAAAGGGGCUCCCCGCUCCUCCCCUGAGCCCCAGGGCCUUUGUGGGGGACAGACUGAAGGGGACCCCGAAGACCUGCCGUCGCCCGCGUUGCCUGUCUGA